CUCUCGAGUGCGGUUCGAUGCGGAAGCUUUCUCGUGCUUGCAGUCAGUCCAGUUGAAGAAAUCGUAAUUCAAACAAUUUAAUCAAAACGCGGCGUUCGAUGAAUAUUGUUAUUGCGACUGCAGGAGAAAAAUUGUUUGUUUAAUUGCAAGCGAGCCGCAAAAAACGGUCGACAAGUGUCAAGCUAACAACAACAACAAGUGAAUUAUUGUACUUAAUUUUAACGUACAAAUGCCAGUGUGUGUGUGUGAGUAAAUUCCGGCAGAAAAGUGUCAGUGUGUGCGUGAGCGCGGCUGUAUCAAUUGCUCCACAUAAAAGUUUUCAUUGAAGUGUUUGACAGCAAAGAAUUCCAAUUCCCAUUCCCAGCUAGCAAGAAGAAGCAGAAGCAGAAGCAGAAGGGGAAGAAGAAGCAGAGAGCAGUCAGCUUAAAACGCAGCCAGCAGAGCGAAAGAGACAGCCGCGGAUCGCCAGAAAGAGAGGGCAAAUCGAAUCGGUUGACGACGGCGGAGGUUUGACAAUAUGUUGAGCCCCCAUAAUGAAGGAAAUUGAUACGGAGACAACAGUAGUAUGGCCAGCCUGGUGUUAUUCCGUUAACGCACCCACAGACAUACUGCAGCAGAAGCCAGCCAAGGCCACCACCGCCAUUGUGGGCGGUCGCAGCGCAGCCCAACCGGCGACCCACGACGACCAGGAAGCGGCGACGACCGCUUCCACAGCCACCAAGCGGAAGCAUCUCGAGCGGUUGGCCAGCGAUCUGCGGCAGCUGGGCAAGAAGGGCAGGAGGAGGAGUCGCUCGGUUAGUCCCAGUAGUAGAUAUCCCACCGUUGCGGAAACGGCCAGAAUGCUUAGCGAACGAUCGCUGCUGCUCAGCGGAUAUGGAGCCAUCGAGAGCAGUGCCAAGAAGCUGAGCGAAGCGGCCACCGGUGGUGCCGUGGGUGGGAGUGGUGCUGUCGGUCAGGCUGCCACGCCCACCACCAGCCAACUAAGUGCACCCGCCUCCUCAGCAUCGUCCUCCUCCAUGUCGUCCUCCUCCGCUGGCAGCACUUGCAACACCAAUGCAAACACGGCAUCGGUGGCGGCUGCCUAUGCUGCUUUCUAUUUGGAGAAGGUCAAGCACGAGAAGUUGGACAAUCACAAGGAUGCGCCGAUGGUCACCAUACACAAUAACAACAACAACAACAACACCAUUAACAACAACAACAGCAGCAGCAGCAGUAGCAGCAUCAACAACCAUCAAUCGAGUCAACCAAGUCUGGGCCACAGCGUCAAGAGGGAGCGGCUCAGUCCAGGGAGCAACAGCAGCAGCCACAACGGCGAACUCACCGUCAGCUCAUUUGCCAGAUCUCGCAGCGCCACGCCCUCGUCGUCAUCGUAUCGUGGUGCUGGUGGUGGUGGUGGUGGUGGUGCUGGUGGUGGUGUCUCGCCCAGCCACCAGCAGCAACAACAACAACAGUCCCACCAGCAGCAACAGCAACAACGCCUUAGUCCGCCCAGUGGCCCAUCGAUGGCAACAGCAACCAGCACAUCAUCAUCAUCGGCAUCAUCAUCGGCAUCAGCAUCGGCAUCAGCCACUGCAGCCACACACAUGCCGCUGCACAAUUUGUCAACGAAUUUGCUAAAUAGCAUUCAGCAGGCUGCCAGUCAGCAGCAACUGCGCAGCAGCAACAGCAGCAGCAACAUCAGCAGCAACAUCAGCGGCAGCGGCAGCAGCAACACCGCCAAAUCGGAUGGUGGUGCCGCCUCAAAUGCCGCGGAUUUCUCCACCCGCAACUAUUCGGACAUUAUGCGAUGCCUGGCGGCCAAGUACAACAAUGCCAAUCCCAAUGACAAUAAUGCAACGCGACGCAAUUCCUACUACGACGGCAACACUUCGGCGGCAACAGCCACUGGCGGAGCAGGCGGUGUAGGUGGCGGAGGAGCAGGAGGCACAAACUCUGCCCCAAGCAGCGCCCUCAAGUCGACCAGCACCGCCGGCAGCACAACGUCCACUGCCAAGAAGCUCUCCCCAUCGGCCGCAUCGGCGGCGAACAGUGCUGCCGUCAGUCUGCCCAAGGAGGCCAAAGUGAGUGUGGCCGGUGGUGCAGGUGUGGGUGGUGCGGCAGCUAGUGGUGGUGGCCCGUCGCUGUCGCAACUAGCUCCACCACCCACCGCUCCAUCGCCCACGGAGCAGGCCAAGAGCCAAAUGGCCGCCGUGGUGGCAGCAGCAAGUGUUUCGCCGUUUAUGACCAACUUUCUGCCCUUCUCGUCCGGCAUUUUCCCGCCGCUGAUAGACAUGAGCAGCACCCAGGCACUGCUGACACUGGCGCGUGCUGUGAAAGAUGCCGAAAUCCAGGAGAUUCUGCGCAGCAAACAGCAGCGCUCCGGUUCAAAUGCCUCGUCGCCGAGUGCGAGUGCGGCGGGCACACCACGUUCCAGUUCCACCCUGAAUGCGGCACUGCAUCAGGCAGCCCAAUUUGUUACACCCGCUCUGAUCUACUCGGCCCAGCUGCAACAGCAGCAGCAACAACAGCAGCAGCAGCAACAUCAACGGCAGCAACAGCAGCAGCAAUCGCAUCACGCUUCGCGGCAGUCUAGUCCACGUUCCACCAAUGAUUCCUCGACGGUGGCGCCCAUCGGUGACGGCGGCGGUAACUCCUCGAUUGCGUCGGCGGCGCCAUUGGAUUUGAGCUCCCAGCCGCCUGCAGCCAAGCGCUUCAAGGCAGAGCGUCGUGCCAGCUCCACGGCCACCACGGCAACAACAGCCACCACAGGCUCAUCCACGUCCACACCAUCCCCGCCACCGUUGGAGCAGCACGACGAUAUCAAUUCUGGCAACGCCAACGCGGUCCUAGGCACGGGAGAGGGUUCUGCAGCGGGAUCAUCGGGAGCAGGAGCCGGAGCUGGAGUCGGAACAGGAGUUGCCAAGGCCCGAAGACGAUGUCAGGCGCAGAGCGAGGAGGUUAACUCCUGGUCCGUGGACGAUGUGUGCGGCUUUGUGGGCGGAAUUGAUAUAUGCGCCGAAUACGUUCAGUCGUUUCGUGAUCAGUCCAUCGAUGGCACUGGCCUGCCGCUCUUAACCGAGGAUCACCUGGUUAACUCGCUGGGCAUGAAGCUGGGGCCGGCUCUCAAGCUGCGCUCCAUAUUGGCGAAGAAAUUGGGCGGGCCGUGUCCGUGUGUUGCAUGCGUUGCGCAGGCGCAACAAAUGCUGGCACUGCAAACGGGUGGGGCAGCCGCAGUAGGAGCAGCAGCAGCAGGAACGGGAGCUGGAACGGGAGCAACAUCGGCCACAACUAGUUGCAGCAUCAAGUCGGAGAUCUUCAAUGGUGGCAGCAACGGUAGCAGCAACAGCAACAGCAGCAGCAGCAAUCAGGGCAGCGAUGUUGCAGCUCCGCCGGCGGCAGCAGCCAGCUCGCCCAGCAGCAGCAACAUGCUGCUGCCAGUGUUGCCGUGCGGCGGAUUGCAGGACGCCAGCUAGUUAUUAGCGGUCCACAUACGUAUUUAUGCUAACUAAAUUGCAUUUCACCUGCUAAAAUGCUGUACCAAAUGAGCUUUCAACAGUUAAGAAGAGAAUAAGAAACAAAAAAAAACAAAUAGACAAACAGACAAGACAGACAGACAAGUCGGAUUGGGAGAGAAUACCUUUUGUAUAAAAUUAAACCAUAAAUAUGUAAUUUAAUGGCUAGCUAAAGUUGUAAACUUUAGGUGAGAAACAACAAUAAUCGCAAAGUCUUCCAUUUGCACACAGACACACACACAAACAAAUCAUAUUUGUAUAACAUUAAUCAAUUUAUUAGUCAAUUUAAUGAGAAAGUUUUCGUUUACGUACUUAAGUGCAAAGCGCGAAUUUGCAUUGAUUUUAUUUAUUUCUAUGACUUUUUUCGUUUUUUAACUGCUAGUCAGUAAAUGUAUAUUUAAUAGAAUUCCGCAAAAUGUGAAGCAAACUUAAAAAUUCAAUUUUAUUGUUUUGCAAAUGAAGUAAAAGGCUAUUUAUUUUAACAUUUUUAUCCUACGAUACGGCCGAAUUGUUGAGCCCCCCCAAUUGCUUUGUUCAAAUUUUAUUAUUUUAUGUAUGUUUACUUUUUCUGCGGCCAUGCACAGAGGAAUUCGAAAUUCAACUUUUAGAACUAUGCAUCCUUUUAAGAGCUCCAAGACUUGAAACACACACAAAACACACUAUACACAAGUGAAAAAAGAUUUAAAAACAAAAAAAAAAAAAAACAACACGAAACGUAAAAGAAAACGUAUUUUAUAGCUCCAUUGUACAUAUUGUUUAUUUAAUUAGUUGUAAGUCAUUUAGAAAGAGACACACAAAAACAUCUUCUAACAUCUAGGCCUUAUGCAAUGAUGAACUUAACGAAACAGAAGCAUAUUUCUACAAAAUAGGCAUGAGAAUGAACUUGAUUUACUUUAUACUUUUAAUGAAAACUAUAGCUAUUUUUCAAAAGCUGAAGCAAAUAAA